GGUGGGCGAGGGCAUCCACGUCUCCCCUCGAGCUCUCCCCCUUGCCAACAGCUAUAAUCCAUUGAACUACCUUUUCCCUCCCAGAUCUCAGCUCUCUGGUAUCUGGUUCCUCCUUCGAGAGAUAGUUCAAUCAUUAGAGUUGAGAGACAACAUGGACGUCAAGACUGUCGACUUCACGCCCUUCACAGACCAGAAGCCCGGCACCUCUGGCCUGCGCAAGAAGGUCACGGUCUUCCAACAGCCGCACUACAGCGAGUCAUUUGUCACGAGCAUCCUGCUCUCCAUCCCCGAAGGCGCUGAAGGUGCCUUCCUUGUCAUCGGCGGCGAUGGGCGGUUUUGGAACCCCGAGGUUAUACAAUUGAUUGCCAAGAUCGGUUCCGCGUAUGGCGUGAAGAAGCUCCUGAUCGGCCAGAACGGCAUCCUGUCCACGCCGGCCGCCAGCCACCUCAUCCGCAAGCGCAAGGCCACCGGUGGUAUCCUUCUGACUGCCAGUCACAAUCCCGGCGGACCCCAGAACGACUUCGGCAUCAAGUACAACCUCGCAAAUGGUGGCCCCGCACCCGAGUCGGUGACCAACAAAAUCUUUGAGGUUUCCAAAACCCUCAAGUCGUACAAGAUUGCCAACAUCCCCGACAUCGAUAUCUCCACGAUCGGCGUCAAGACGUACGGGAACCUUGAGGUCGAGGUAGUUGAUAGCACUGCCGACUAUGUGGAGAUGCUCAAGGACAUAUUCGAUUUCGACCUCAUCAGGAAGUUCUUUGGCUCCCACCCCGACUUUAGGGUCUUGUUUGAUGGGCUCUCGGGCGUCACCGGGCCAUACGGCAAGGCGAUCUUUGAAAAAGAGCUCGGCCUCGGACCCGAGUCGACCCAGAACUGCGAGCCAUCGCCUGACUUCAAUGGCGGCCACCCGGAUCCCAACCUCACUUAUGCACAUGACCUGGUUGAGGUUGUCGAGAAGAAAAAGAUUCCUUUCGGCGCCGCCUCGGAUGGCGACGGUGACCGGAACAUGAUCUAUGGUGCCGGUGCUUUCGUCUCCCCGGGCGAUAGCCUGGCCAUCAUCGCCCACCAUGCCAAUCUAAUCCCCUAUUUCAAGAAGAACGGGGUCCACGGGCUGGCCCGCAGCAUGCCCACAUCCGGAGCCGUGGAUUUGGUGGCAAAGAAGCUAGGCCUCGACUGCUACGAAGUGCCGACUGGGUGGAAGUUUUUCUGCGCCCUGUUUGACGCCGAUAAGCUGUCGAUCUGCGGCGAGGAGUCUUUUGGGACCGGAAGCAACCACAUCAGGGAGAAGGACGGCUUGUGGGCCAUUGUGGCCUGGCUUAACAUCAUUGCAGGCCUGGGGGUGGCCAACCCGGGAGUUGCGCCAAGUAUCAAGCAGAUCCAGAAAGAUUUCUGGGCUGAGUAUGGCCGUACCUUUUUUACCCGCUAUGACUAUGAGAACGUCGACACGGAUGGUGCCAACAAGGUGGUGGGAGUUUUGAAGGACUUGGUGGCUGAUCCCAAGUUUGUUGGCAGCAAGAUUGGAGACCGCACUGUGACCCGGGCCGGCAAUUUCUCGUAUACAGACUUGGACGGUUCUGUGUCGACAAACCAGGGCCUGUAUGCCUGCUUCUCCUCCGGUAGCCGUAUCGUCGUGCGGCUCUCCGGAACAGGCUCGUCGGGCGCCACCAUCCGCCUGUAUAUUGAACAACACAGCAGCGACCCUGCCACGUAUGACAUGGACGCCCAGGACUUCCUCAAACCCGAGAUCAAGAUGGCGACGGAGCUGCUCAAGUUCAAGGAAUUCAUUGGUCGUGACGAGCCGGAUGUGAAGACGUAAAUGGACUGCUGGGCGUGACGGAGCCCGAGCGAAUGCAGUGGGACUGUUGUUCGAAAUCUUAGUCGAUAGGUGUUAUGCCGAUAGUUAAAGUUGGCAUCAAAGUAGCAGUUAUCAACCCAGAGUUCAGCGACGUUCAAAAAUGGCCGACUUGUAAUACUUGGCCUCUUCGAUGCUCUCGAGUAUGUCGUCCUUUGCCUUGUGUAAAGCUCUCUUGCGAGGCGCGGCCGAGGCGAUUUGCGGACUAUUUGUAGCAACCGGUUAGUGAUUCUAUCAUAGGCUCGUUGCCAUCGUCGCCGAACCGAGGCACCGUGUUCGUGUCAACUCCACAGAGGCUCGGUGCGAGGAGCGUUGUGAGGAGGAG